GCCGAGCUAGAUCAAAGAAGUGGGACGCGUUGAAGGCGAUCGUGAUAUUGGCAUGCGGAGCCCUCGCUCUCAGGCAGGUGUCGCUCAUGAUCGACGAAUACUUGUCCUUCCCGACCAACACGUUGUACAUGACGGAUUACAUCGGCUCGAUCCCGGCUCCGGCGUUUACAAUCUGCCCGAGACCGUCGCUGAAGGCGGCUUUCGCGAGGGAAUGGUCUCAAAAUUAUAAGAAAUUCAAAGACGCUUCCCUGUCUUUAGCUGAUUUCGUCUUACAGGCGGGACGAAGGCCCAUCCAGGUUUUCGUGCACGAUCAGAAGGAGAAAUUCGCAUAUUUGGAAUCCUUUAAGCCCGAGCACGUGCUCGUUCUCAACAACACCGUUACCAACAUUGCCAUUCGUCCUGAGUUCAUUCAGAAACAGAACAAAAAGGACGACCCCUGCACCUUGGAUGAGGACUACAGCUACAUGCGGUGCAUUGAAAACUGCUUCUGGAAACGGGCACAGACUUCCCCACGCCUACCGUGUUUGAUCCCUUCCCUCCUGCCUGACGGAGCGAAUCUGACGAAACCAGAAUGCCAAGAUAAGAAUGAAGAAGACAAGCAGCAAACGUACAUAUCUGGGACCGGAAGCAACAUUUCGUUGUGGAGCAACUGCAGCUGUGUCAAGAGGUGCAAGUUGAUCGACUAUCAUUUAUUUCUGAAUCCAGUGAAUCCCUGUGAGUGGAGGGCAGGGCAAGGGAACGCGACCGGUCUUGCUAGUCUCAUGUUCAGUUUCCCAUCGAAUCGGAUGGCACACAUCCUUGAGAUGGAGAAGGUGACCCUCCUGGAUCUCCUGUCCAACAUCGGCGGAAUCGCUCCUGCUUCCGGGCAAAAGGUGGACUUGACGAAUGUAUCAACUGUGAUGGGAGAGACCAUCAUUCCCAUUAAAGACGACGCAAGUUAUUGGAGUGAGCGAACAUUUGCCGAAAUGCAAGCGGAUCGAGAGUACUUCAAGUGCUUCACGCUGUACUUGGACCAAGAGAUAGACACUGGGCAAAGCACUUGCUCGAACAAAACCUUCAAAUUCGAUUUCAAGGCGAUCAGGGAUAUAUCCGAAGACCAAAAGAAAAAAGAAGUCGACUUUUUCUUUCUGAAGGAGAUCCAGGUUUUCGUGCACGAUCAGAAGGAGAAAUUCGCAUAUUUGGAAUCCUUUAAGCCCGAGCACGUGCUCGUUCUCAACAACACCGUUACCAACAUUGCCAUUCGUCCUGAGUUCAUUCAGAAACAGAACAAAAAGGACGACCCCUGCACCUUGGAUGAGGACUACAGCUACAUGCGGUGCAUUGAAAACUGCUUCUGGAAACGGGCACAGACUUCCCCACGCCUACCGUGUUUGAUCCCUUCCCUCCUGCCUGACGGAGCGAAUCUGACGAAACCAGAAUGCCAAGAUAAGAAUGAAGAAGACAAGCAGCAAACGUACAUAUCUGGGACCGGAAGCAACAUUUCGUUGUGGAGCAACUGCAGCUGUGUCAAGAGGUGCAAGUUGAUCGACUAUCAUUUAUUUCUGAAUCCAGUGAAUCCCUGUGAGUGGAGGGCAGGGCAAGGGAACGCGACCGGUCUUGCUAGUCUCAUGUUCAGUUUCCCAUCGAAUCGGAUGGCACACAUCCUUGAGAUGGAGAAGGUGAGGGAGGACCUAGAGGACAGGUUG